UUAGAGAAUGUGUUCUGUUUUCCUCAUGUCUCAUUCGUAAACAACAGAUGUCCCUCGGGUUAUGCAUUACACUCAUUCGUAAACAACAGUAUUAUCAAGUAUUCCUUUUUGGCCUUUAAAUUCGUUUCGGUGGGAACUACUUUCAUUUUGGUUUCCCACGCGCCUCUUCGCCCAAGUCCAUAAUCGAGUUCCAGAACUUUGAGUACUAAAGGUCGGUUAUUCGAUUAAUCGGAAGUCGACUUAACUAUCCCUAGUCCGUCUUUUAAAUAACUGCCGCUGGCUUCAGGGACUUUCUCACGGAAACCCAAGAAGGAGUUACAGGAAAUCGCCACAAAACAAGAAUAACUAGGGUAACAAAGAAAUUUACCAAAUAUGGGAGACAUAGACUAUCCAAAUUUGGAGAGUAUAUGCCGCUUGUGUUUGAAAGAAGAUGCUGGAAUCGUUUCCAUUUUUCCUCUCCCCGAGGUUAAACUUGAAAAGAAUUCAGUCCAUAUAUCUAUUCCAAUGCGUAUAAUGUCCUGUGUUGCACUUGAGGUACAAUCGCACGAUGGCUUACCAGCAAAGAUAUGCCCAGAGUGUCGUUAUCAUUUGGAGAAAUUCUAUUUGUUUCGCAAACAAAGCCAAGCCUCGGACUCCAAAUUAAGGAAGCAUAUACGUCUUCUCAGUUUGGGUAAAAAGAGCAAAGUUUUCAAAAAGGCUACUGAUGAUGAUGACGACGAUGACGAGUUGGAAUUCCAGGAUUCUAUAGAUUUCAUAAAAGACCACGAGGACAAAUUGAAAGCUGAUGAAGAAUCAAAACUCCAACGUUUAAAAGAUGAAAUGAAAUUAGAAAAAGAGGCCGAAUUGGAGCGAUGUAAGGCAGAUAUGAAGAUUAAAUGUCGUGAAGAAGUUAAGAAGGAAGUUGAGCAGUUGGUGAGAAAGGAGUUGCAGCAGGAAAUGCAAAAAGAACUCAAUGAAAGUAUUAUGCCAAAGAUACGUAAUGAAUGUUUACAGAAAGCUAGAGAAUCUCUACGCGAAGAAGUACGAGAAGAGUGUCGUGAAAUAGAAAUGAAAACGCUUUUAGAUGACCUGCAGGUGUUUCUUAAGGAACGUCAAGGAGCACAAACAAAAACGACUACGGUAAAUUCUCAAUUCGCAGCAAGUAGUGAAGAGCCUGGAACCAAACGACCUCGUCUUUCAACCAAUACAAGCACAAUACAACUCAUACAAAUUGGCAAUUCCACAACAAAACCAAUAAAUAUAUUUACAACAAACCAACAAAUUCAGCGGCAACAGGAUAAAAUGCCAACAAGUGUUAAAACUCAAUCGAUUUUAAAUGAAAUUAACUCAGAUAUGGAUAUAAAUGUCAAUGGCGACGACAAUGAAAUGGAGGACGAAGAGGAGAAUGAUUGUGAUAGUGAUAAUUUCUUUAUAUAUGACACAGAUGAGGGAUUUGAAUUACAAAAGAAGUCCACCAUGUCUCAAGCUAGUGAUGACGAUUUAAUAUUGUCUCAAGAAUCUGGACAAACUUACGAUAGUGCCGAUGAUAAUUUAGAAACACAGGGAAAUAAACCGCCCAAGACUUUAGAACCGAUAACAACAACGUCAUAUAGGAUUGAAGAUUCUCAAAAUGGUGAAAUAAAGUUUUUGAAAAAAUCCGGCGAUGAUAUUGUGUUAUCAGAAAAUAAUAUUGAUGAUAACAAUGUCCAGCUGCAGAAUGCAAACAUAAUGAUUUUGGACUAUCCCACGGAAGAUGGCGAGGAGGAAGAGCAUUUAGAAUUGAUUGAUUGUGGCGAAGAUUAUAUCAACAAGAAUAUGAAACCAAUUAUUUUGAAAACCCAGACAAUAAAGACCAGCCAACCAAUAGAGGAAAGUGAUAUUUCCACAAAUGGACAACAACAAUUUACAUCAGCUACUGUGGAAACGACCACAACCACUACAACACUAAUGUCGAAAACCUAUACCCUACAACGUCAGACAGAUACACCAAAAACAUUCAAAUGCAACAGUUGUCCCAUGGUGUUUUCAACAAAUACCUCACUGGAACGACAUUUACGGACACAUCGAAAAGGUGAAGAAACUGGUGUUUCAUUUCAGUGUCCCGAAUGUCAGGUUGUAGUGUCCUGUGCCAGCGCUUUGCGACGACACAUGUACGUCCAUUGUGAGGAGAAACCUUUUAUUUGUUCCGAGUGCGGCCGGUCAUUUGUUCAAAAGGAAAUACUCAAACGUCAUAUGCAGACACAUACCGGCGUUAAACCGUAUCAAUGUGAACACUGUGAUCGUUCGUUUGCUCAACGUAUUAACUUGAAACAGCAUAUUAAUAGACAUCACACAGAUGAACCACAAAUUCAACAACAUUCCUGUCAUUUGUGCCCAAAGCGUUUUAAUCAUGCAUCAGGAUUGAGUCGCCAUUUGGCCUCGCAUAGUGGUGUGGCAUUUCAGUGCUCCGAAUGUGAUCGUACCUUUGGUGAUCGUUCGUCCAUCAAGCGACACAUUGCCAAUAAACAUGGUGGUGGUGUUUUCAAAGAACCAAAGUUGGAGAAAGAUUAAUCUUAUUUUUUAGGAAUUUUUAAUUUGUAGUAUUCAUAUAUAUUUUUCCAGUACAAAUAUAUGCUGUAGUUUUACAAUUUUCUUUUAAUAA